ACAGCGCUUAGUGCCACAUCACGAAAUCUUAUCGCUAGCGCACGAAUGCCAGCAACAACAGUCGCCGCAUCAGCAACAGCAACAGCAGCAGCAACAACAACAGCCAGAGCAGUGGGCAACGACAAGCUAAAAACCCGACUAACUCAGAGACGAGCGUAGUUCGGCUGCAGAACAAACAAGUCAUCUAACACACCAAGCAGCAACAAAAGCUAAAUACAAUUUUUUGAAACACAGUCAAACGCAAAAAAAAAACCUAAACAAAAUACCAGCUCUAUGGCCAAAGUGAGCGAGCACUUAUAGCAUACGGCGACGUCAAUAAAAUACACGUAGUGCGAUACUAAUACAAGCAAGAAAAACCAAAAAUAAAAUACAGCAAACAGCAACAAAGCAGCUACAACGACAACUACAAGUACGCAACCCUCUUCAAUAAAAGUUUUAAAUACGCGCGAGCUGUUGGCAAUAUGUCAAACCAGCAUUAGCGUUCCGGCGGCCACGCGCUCUUAUUCUCUUGCACUCUCUCGCUGUUUCCCUCUCCCUCUCUGCACACUUUUCAAGAGAAAGGCAGCAAUAGCAAACAGCGCAAUUGGCUUUUAACAGCUUGAGCUUUCAUUUUGAGGACGCUGCGCAGUUGUUUGAAGACGAAGAAAGAAGAAAGCAAAAGAAAAGUGCAAGCUGCAUUUACCAUGGCUACAGUAACAGCAACUACAACAACAUCGACAAAGGCGGCUGCAAAGCGUAGCAACAACAAAAACAAAGGGGUCAAGGGCAAACCACGCCGCAACGAGCGUAACAUUCUGACCUUUUAUGAAAAAAUCGCCGUUAUACGCUACUACGAUGAGACAAAUAUCUCGCGCAACAGCCUGGCCAAGAUGUUCCACUGCUGCGCCACACAAAUACGCCGUAUACUUGAAAAGAAACGGGAGCUACUGCAGCAGCUGGCCACGUUGAGCGAAGCGGAUGCUUCAAUUAUCAUUGAGGAGAUGACGCGCAAGCGUCGCAAGUUUGAGAUGAGCGCCAUUAGCUUUCUGCUGCAUGAGUGGGUGGAGCGGUGUCGCCAACUGCACCUUAACAUAAGCAUACAGAACCAUACACUAAAGGAUAUUGCGCUCAAGAUGGCAGCAGUACUGAAUUUGCCAGCUUUUCGGCCAUCCUAUCGUUGGCUUAACCGUUUUCGUAGCAAGUACAAGUACGAGGAAGAUGAGUUGGGUUACACGGGAGCAAACAGCGUGGCAGGCGAGGUCUCCUUGGAACAGAUCAUAGUGGAGUUCAAGCAUGCACUGCCGAACUUUAUGCAAAAGGAGCUGCCCGAUAUGGAUAUAAGUGCUAAAGCAAACAUAAACACGUCGGAGCUGGUGAAUUUAUCCAGCGACAACAGCGAAAUUUCUGAUGGAGAAGACCAGGACGACGAUGGCGUCGAACUGGUGACUUGUGAGCCAAGCGUGUUGCCAUCGCCGGCCAGCAGCUCAGGCGUGGAAGAUGAGGAGGAAGAAGAGCCGUCAGUACAGCUAUGCCAAUCCAGUCAAGAAGUCAUUAACAACUUGCUCAUCAGCGCUGGCACCAGCUCACUGCUCAGCAAUGUCUUUCCCCACUUGGCCAUCAUACACCAGUUUGCGUUAAUGAACUCGGAUGUGCAGGCACUGGAGCUUAUUUCACAACUGGGCGUGCACAUGCAGCAAAAGGCCACAACUGGCGCCUAUGGCGCACAUUCAUUGGCAACAAGUGGCACAAAUGAUGCUCCGCCGGGCUUACCGCCAGGCAGCAUCUACGCAGACAUAGAUGAUAUUGAAUUGAUAGAAUAGAGCUUUUAACUUAGUUAGGCUAGACUAUGUAUGCCAUAUAAUAAAAGACAGCUAGU